AUGAUCGUUCAAUCGGCGCCAGUCAUAUUAAAACAACGGAAUCAAGUUAAUCGAGAAUGUCUUUAUGCAUGGUAUCCAGAAGUUGUAAUAGAUUCGGAAACGACAAAACCGAUGGGACCAAGAGAUAUUUAUAUUCACAAAGGAAUCGACAAAGAUCUUAUACAACAGGAUUCGCAUAAAAACAGAUUGAUCAAUAAUAAUAAUAGUAAUAAUAAUAAUGAAGUUAUCAGACGUUACACACAAAGUAUGGCACCAAGUGAACCUAUAUAUCAUUCGGCAGAUACUCUCGAUGAAGCAUUAACAACACCAUGGGCGUUACACUAUGAAGUAAAACGAACACCAGCUACACCGAACCCGCCAUCACAUUCUACUGAGACAACACGUGAAGAGAUACCACGUCGGUUGAAAAGUGCUCCGGUCGCUCGUUCACAACCGUUGACAUCCAUUCUUACUAUUCCUGAACCGAGAUUUGUAACUCCGAUUAUUCCGGUUACAACAACUGAAUUACCACGAACACCAAAACCUAAACAUCGAGCUUCAUCUGCUAGAGCACGCCUUAAUACAACACUUCCUAUUUACUAUGAACAAACGGAUGCUACCAUAAAACAACAACGUCGGGAAAUAAAAUCCGCACAAGUAAUUCGACAAAAUGAUGAAACAAGAUUGUCCGAUGAAGAAUAUCAAACAGGUUCGAAUCAAAUUGAUUCUGAAACAACACAACAACCAUUAUUAUUCGUUUCUGCAACACCUACUAUUCUCUAUCCAAGACCAACUAGUGCGUCUUCGAAUGAACUACCAUCAACAUCUAUCGAUAAAAAAACUGUUCGUACUAAAAUUGAAAUAAAUCCUAUUCCACUUAAUCCGCAUUAUAUUCACCGUCCAGGUGUUAUUGCAGCUAGUAAUACUUAUAAAAUGCCUAUAGUACGAGAAAGUUCAGCAUCUAGAAAAAUGAAUAGAUCAUCUCAUCGAAGACAUCAUCAUCAUAAUUAUCGUCAUCGUGACAAACAACAUGAACCAUUACUUGCUUUAACACCCAUGUUACAACCAACAAAAUUACCCGUUGAAAUUGAUGGCAUUAAGUUAAUAUAUGAUCCAACAUUAGCAAUAGACGAUGCAUCCUUAAACCUAACGAAAUACUUCAUUGAAGGACGUUUAUAUUUAAUAAAAGAUCAACAUUAUAAUGUUUUAGAAAAUAUUGAUCCCAAAGCAAUCGAAAAAUAUAAUCAAAAUUCGAAUCUUGCUCAACGUACAAAAUAUUAUCAAACAAUUCCAAUUGAAAAAUUUCAAAUACCUAAACCUCCACAAGAAGUUCAUUACAAUGCAUCAGAAACAUAUUUUUAUAAUACAAUACCAAAACGUGUACAUCGCUAUGUGGUUGACCCGAAUUUUAUAUCAGAAAAUCUUAAUAUCAGUGGAAGAUCUAUGUCAAAGCAAACUGCACCAGCAGCAACUACAACAGCAACAACAACAACUGUUGUUCAGCCCACAAUUAAUGAUAUUAAUCGACAACAAGCAACACCGACAACUGUUUAUAGUUGA